AUGACCACAAACGGCCCAACUCUGACCAUCGCUGACGCCGUCGAUGAAGCCCAGAGCACUGCAUCAAUUGUAGCUGUGUCCAGAUGCAAACUCCCACAGUUCUGGUCCAUCCAGCCUCGUUUGUGGUUUGUUCAGGUUGAAGCAGUGUUACAGGUGGCCCGUAUCACAAAUGACGCAUCACGUUACAAUCAAAUCGUUAGUGCCUUGGACCCUGAUGCAAUGUUACAGCUAGCGGACUUCCUGCAGAAUCCACCAGGGACCGACAAGUACGCGAAGCUAAAGGACGAGAUAUUGAAGCGGUUCUCAGAAUCCAGCGACCGCCAGCUUCACCGAGCGCUUACGGAGGUUCAACUCGAUGAUAAAAAACCUAGCCAGCUCCUGCGCCAGCUCAGAAUUCUCAUGGGCGACAGGGCCUCAGAGGACUUACUGCGUAUAAAAUGGUUGGCAUUGUUACCACCAUCAACCAGCCGGUGUUUCAAACUACUCAGAGAUGCCCCUCCAGAUGAGCUUGCUGAAGUUGCAGACGAGCUAAUGGAAAACCAGGCUGGCCAUUCCGUUAUGGCUACACAUCACUAG